UGAUCCCGACUGAACCGAAUGCUUUGUUCAUCAUUAAUGGAUGCCUCAUAUUAUUCACAACGAUUUUGACUACUUUACUGAUUUUCAUUCCAAAGGCCACUGUAAUAGCAAGAGGAGGUGACAGACUUUCCCAGAAGUUAUUUUCACCGAUCGGUGCAGCGUUUGGUUUCCUUGGAACGGUUGCUAGUGAAGGGCAGAUGCCAGGACUGGGUGCUUCCAAAUCGAUGAAAAUGCCUGGAGUUGCUCUCGCUGCAGGAACGAUCGAAAGAAGUGGAUACAAUACUUCAUUGUACAAGGAAUAUCACCACCAUGGAACGCCUGGAUCUACAUCGUCUAAUAAUGGCGCAAAUAAAGAUGUUGAUAGUUACUAUUAUGAUCACAGGAAGUCAUAAUAAU